GGAUCUAGCUUAGCAAAUAAUGAAUCCUCCUCUUUACGUUUAAUUUCUCCCUCCCUCCCUCCCUCCCUAAUCUCUCGCCUUCCCUUUCCUUCCCCUCCCUUCCUCCCAAAGUCACUAUCACUACAUUAGCUCCUUUCUUUUCUUUUCUUUCUCAUUCCCAUUCCCGCCCCCCUUUUUUUUUCUUUUUUUUUUCCCAUGUGAUCCACAUUUCUUUUCCUCUUCCAAUCCUUUCAAUAUCAAUAACUUAUUUGAUCGGCUAAUUCUUUUUUUUUUUUCAUUUCAUUAUAAAUUUGAAAAUACCCCCAAUCCAGAAAACUGGAAGAUCUGGAGUCAUUACCGACUUCUUCCGGGAACGGAAAGAUCCGGUACAGAACACCAUCCUCGGCCGAGUUAUUCGAGUCCUUUGCAAACGGAGGCGCAAUAUCCCCCACCGGAAACGGGACCACGGAUCACCCUGAAAAGAUGAAGCGUUCAUUGGCGAGACACGACUCCAUCUCCGACAAGAUCCAUAGAUAUCGAGGCGUUUUGCUGGUGAUCGCCAUCCCUAUCUUGCUCGUAACCUUUGUUUUGUUUGUCAUGCCGGGGAAAUCUUCUACGGAUACGGCCGUGAUGGAGGAGAUCGAGAUCAAUAGCAGGAAAGUGGGGGCGAAUUCGAGAGGGAAUAGGAAUUAUGCGGUGAUUUUUGAUGCGGGGAGUUCCGGGAGUCGAGUUCAUGUUUAUUGUUUUGAUCAGAAUUUGGAUCUUGUUCCAAUUGGCUCUGAAUUAGAGCUUUUUGAACAGCUUAAACCGGGUUUGAGCUCCUAUGCAAAAGAUCCACAGGCUGCAGCGAAGUCUUUACUUUCUCUUCUAGACAAGGCAGAAAGUGUUGUGCCACUAGAUUUGCGAUCAAAAACUCCUGUUAGAGUUGGGGCAACUGCAGGUCUGAGGGCACUAGAAGGAGAUGCAGCUGACAGAAUUUUGCAAGCGGUUAGAGAACUUCUGAAAGAUAGAAGUACCCUCAAAUCUGAGGCAAACGGUGUUAAGAUUCUGGAUGGCACCCAAGAAGGUUCUUAUGAGUGGGUUACAGUAAAUUACCUAUUGGGGAAGUUGGGAGGGACAUACAAAGACACAGUUGGCAUAAUUGAUCUUGGUGGCGGAUCUGUGCAAAUGGCUUAUGCCAUCUCCAAGGAAGCUGCUUCAAAUGCUCCAAGUGUACCAGCAGGACAGGACAAUUAUGUAAAUGAAAUGUAUCUGAAGGGAUCAAAAUAUUACCUCUAUGUUCACAGUUAUUUGUGCUAUGGCCUAUUGGCAGCUCGAGCAGAAAUUUUGAAGGCAUCUGAUGAUUCUGGCAACCCUUGCAUCUUGGAGGGUUUUGAUGGUACUUAUGCAUAUGGAGGAAAUCAGUAUAAAGCAUCAGCUCCUUCAUCGGGUGCAAGCAUGGAAGAAUGCAGGAGGGUGACUCACAAGGCUCUUAAAAUAAAUGACACAUGCAUGCAUAUGAAGUGCACAUUUGGUGGUAUAUGGAAUGGGGGAGGCGGAGAUGGACAGAAGAAUUUGUUUAUUGCUUCGUUCUUCUUUGACAGGGCUGCUGAGGCUGGUUUUAUCAAAGCUGCUGAUCCAGUUGCAACAGUUCAGCCUCAUUCUUUUGCAGAAGCUGCUAAACGAGCUUGUGGAACCAAGUACACAGAUAUUAAAGCAACAUACCCAGCUGUGGAUGUGGGUAACCAGGCUUAUCUAUGCUUGGAUCUAGUUUAUCAGUACACCCUGCUCGUAGAUGGAUUCGGCCUUGAUCCCUACCAAGAUAUUACAUUGGUAAAGAAAGUGAAAUUUCGCAAUUCCUUUGUUGAAGCUGCUUGGCCACUAGGCAGUGCCAUCGAGGCUGUAUCAUCUUGAAGUAAAGUUCCAGUGGAUGAAAAUAACGUGCAGAUGUAGGCAGCAUGUUCAAGCUUGAAAUCAGAUUUUGGUGGGAAUAAUGGAAGAGGAUGAGUCAUUUGUAAUUACAUUAUUACUAGGUUUUGUGAGAUUUAAUUGAACUUGUUCAUUUAUUUUGUCCUACGGAACUAAACAAACAGAUUACAAUACCAAUGUGAUUUGUGUCGCUAAUAUUUUGUUAGUUUUAAAGAAACAAAAGAGGCAAUUUUCUUUGA